CUUCAGUAAGAGCGCGGUUUUCGAUGUCGGUUGUGUAACAUCUUACCCCCCUUCGUUUCUUGCGAAGCAGGACGUGAUCUGCUGCAUCAUUCGAUGUCCUAGAUAAUUGGAAGUAGCAUACCCCUGUAAUUUAUGGUGAUGGUUUAAAAUAUAUGCAUGCUCUUCCUAGUAUUUAUAAGGCACGUCCCUUACCUGACACGAGUCUUUGUCGUUCAGGUACGUCUUUAUCGAGAUAUAACGGAAAUAGCCGAAAUUCAAUAAACAGUGUGACAGAAAAAUGGGGAGAAUGGAAGAUGGUUAUCAACGAUACAGCCAAUUUCAGACAUCUGCAUGACUUAACUUUGAUUGUGACAAAGUUUAAAAAUGACCGGAACCGGACGUGUGUUCCGAUUCUAACGAGAUGUAAAUCUGUCUGUCCAUUUCUCGACAAAUGUUUUGUUUUUUUGUUGCCUUUUGCCCCCCCCCCCCCCUCCCUAUUUUUGUACGUGUAAUACUCUUCUCUCAUUGGUCCAACGCUCGACAGAACAAUAACAAUGUGACCUGUGAUACGUGGGACGUUUGUUAGCAUUGUCCCUGUCCAUAGCUCCCAAUAUGGCCAGUGUUGUGCAAAGUAAUUCUACUUCCAACGCAAGAAGUAAAUUAAAAGACAAGGCAGAUAUACAAAAACCACAAGUGAAUUUUAAAGAAAAGAUUAACAAUGAUCCUCAACCAUUUCUCCAUAAACUGAAGGAAAAGCCGUAUUCCUUAAACCCCCUGUCGUUCCAAGAGCGUGACAGCCAUCCUUAUGAAUUUGAAUUGGAAAACUUUACACCAGAUCCGAUAUUUCUGGACGUGAAAAAUGACGUACCUCUUUUUCCUCUUUCAAAAACUCCUCUAAUUAUAGUUGAUAGCACUGAAAGAUUUGAACACCUUUUACAAGAUCUCUUGUUGCAGACAGUAAUAGCGGUAGAUUUAGAGCAUCAUGAUUCUAGAUCAUAUCAAGGUAUCACCUGUUUGAUGCAAAUUUCUACUUGCAAGUCAGACUACAUCGUUGACACUCUCAAAUUGUGGGAUCAGCUACAACCAUUAAAUCAGGUCUUCUGCAAUCCAAAAAUUCUUAAGAUAUUUCAAGCAGCUGAAAACGAUGUUUUGUGGCUUCAACGAGAUUUUGGGAUUUAUGUUGUCAAUCUUUUUGACACAUGUCAAGCAGCAUCUGUAUUGGGGUUUGAAAGAAAAGGUUUGGCUUUCCUUCUACAGCAUUAUUGCCAAAUUCGUAUCAGCAAAUGUUACCAGCGAGCUGAUUGGCGAAUCCGUCCGCUGUCUAAAGAAAUGUUAAACUACGCGCGCGGAGACACACACUACCUUAUCUACAUCUAUGAAAGACUGAAGCAAGAUCUUAACUCAUGCCGGCUUCGUGGUAAGCUUGAGAGCUCCAUAAGAGAAGAAGGAAAAGAAGGAUUUCUCGAAAAAUGUCAGGAGCUAAAAAGUUCCAAAGCAAAUCAGACCACAGCUAAAAAUACGGGUGUUAAACGAAUGUUAGAAGUUUGGAAGAAUAGUCGAUCCAUAUGUCUGAGGCGUUAUAAGGUUCCACCAAAAGAAACAUAUUUGAAAUCAUACAAUAACUUGGCCCAAAAAAACAAGAAUUUCAACAAACAACAAUUAUACGCCCUACAAGAGCUUUGUGCUUGGAGAGAUCGUGUAGCGCGUGAUGAGGAUGAGAGCCCUAAUUUCGUGAUACCAAAUUACAUGCUGGUGAAAAUUACUUAUCAUCUUCCAAAUAAUCAAGAGGGUUUGCUUCACUGUUGCUCUCAUGCACCUUUCGUUCAGCAACAUUUACUUCAUAUACAUGGAAUCAUGUUGAAAGCAAGAGCAAUUAAUAUUUCCUCAUCUGCUUCAAAGGAAGCAAGGACUACAAGCGAAACAAAACAACAGUACAAGAACGACAGAAAAAGAAAGAGAACAUUUACCUUUGCUGAAUCGUCAAAGUCACGACGUCUCACGAAGAAUCGGGCCGUUAAAGAUGUUUCGUCAAUAUUAAAGAAGUCAGCUCGGGUCAGAAAGACCUCCAGGGUGGAACUCACCAAUCUAGCUUGUGAAAAGAAAAGCUGUGCCACAACAAAGAAAGAAAAGCCUAGUCAAAGUCAAAACAUGUAGAACACGAUCAGCUGCCGAUUUGGUGCACCAGCUUGAUACUAUUAUAUUAAAAUCAGCAACGGUCUCUAUCGUGAAGACAUGCAACACAUAAAUAAUUCAUUGAUGUAAUCUUGCUCAAGGUUUUAAUUACUGUUAACUCCUUUUCUAGGAGGCGUAAUGUUUAAUUCUCUGUGCUGACCAUAUUGCAAUAAUCACGGAUACCAAACCUGAACUGCCUCAACGUAUCGCGUAUUGACUGUUGGCAUUGGCAGCGAACAAGUUGCAUAUUGUGUUUCAUGCUUAAUUCGAAAGGAGUUUGCAGAUAUUUGUAUUGUAAUUGAACUAAAAUCAGUCCGUUUUAAGGAAACGAAAUAAAUACUACAGAUCGUCA